AUGAAUAGUUUAUUUGUUGGUGAAUGUGCAGAAUAUUGCAAUGAUCGAGGUUUAUGUACAGUGUCAGGCUGUCAAUGUUCUAUGGGUUAUGCAGGUACCUAUUGUGAGAAAUAUGUUGGUAAACAACCUAUACAAACAUGGUUCAAUGAGACUUUUGAUGAUUUAUCUGCUGUUGGUGUUAGUGGAUCUAAUUCAAAUAAUUGGAUUCGAUUAAAUGGCGAUGGACAUAUUCGUCAUGUUUGCUAUGCAAAUGUUAAUAAUCAUACGAAUAAUUAUUUCAGUGGACAAGCACUUCAUUUUGGUGCUGAUUGUGGAUGUGGCGGUGUAGAAGCAAUUACACGUGAGCUGAAUAUUACUCAAGCAAUAACAAUAUCAUUUGCAUUUCAUGUAAUGGCAAAAAAUAAUUGUAUAACAACUACAAAUAAUAUAACAGUAGUUCUUGAGUGGACAUAUGAUGAAGGUAUUUCAUGGUCACGUCUAAUUACAAUGUACAAUCAAGAGCGUGCACAAUUUUUUAAUAUAACACUACCUUCUGAUAUGAUGGCUAUAACUCAAACAAGAAACAUUGGUGGGGUUCGAUUUCGAUGGACACAAGUUGAACGUGUAGUCAAGGAUAUUUAUUGGGCUAUUGAUAAUAUUCGUUUAGAAUAA